AACAAUUUUACUGUCAGACACAAACUUCAUUAUGGAGCCCUUUUCUCACCUUCAGGGUGCUAGCGAAUAUAGUUAUAAUCCUUCCAACGAUGAAGACGACACACUCUCACUCGUAUCCGGUGCUACUCGCCCUCGUCGAUCUCGUGACCAUGCUACUGACGAUGGAGCUUCGACCAUCGAUAUCAAUUUCGACGAACUGAGCUUGCUGGAUGGUGAUGCCGAUGCUAACCGGCAUCGUCACCCUGCAAAUGGAAAUGGACAGGACCUUUCUCAAUCCAAUGGAUCAUCUAACCUUCCGGUGAUCGGCGAUCUCACAGAAGCUGAUGCCGACUUUGAUGGCGUUCUGGAUGACAUGAGUCGAGAAUUACCGCCUCACGCCUGUGCAUAUUGUGGAAUCCAUUCACCAUCGUCGGUGGUCAGAUGCCUGAUUUGUUCAAAGUGGUUUUGCAACUCCCGUGGAGGUCCCGGGACUCACUCGACAGGCUCUCACAUCGUUAAUCACUUAGUGAGAUCCAAACACAAAGAAGUCACUUUACACGCCGACGGACCUCUAGGGGAAACGACACCCGAAUGUUACAAUUGUGGAUCGAAGAAUGUUUUCACGCUGGGAUUUAUACCUGCCAAGUCUGAUACUGUCGUAGUGUUGCUAUGUCGACAGCCCUGUGCAUCUACUCCAUCCUCCAAGUCCGAUCUGGUCUGGGACACCUCCCAGUGGUCUCCACUCAUUGAAGACAGGCAGUUCUUGUCAUGGCUUGUUAAGGUUCCCGAUGAACAGGAGGUCGUACGCUCACGCCCAGUCGGCUUUAAGGAGAUCACCUUACUCGAGGAAAUGUGGAAGGAAAAUGCAGGUGCAACCCUAGAUGAUCUUGAGCGAGAUGGAGGGCAAGGCGAGGGCGAACCACAACCGAUUCUACUUCGUUAUGAGGAUGCUUAUCAAUACCAGAAUAUAUUUGGACCGUUGGUCAAGAUUGAAAGUGAUUAUGAUCGUAAACUGAAGGAGAGUUUGACGCAAAAUGAUGUGACAGUUAGAUGGGACAUGGGGCUUAAUCAAAAACGAAUCGCGUAUUUCUACUUACCCAAACUCGAAAGUGGGGAAGUGCGUCUGGCAGUGGGAGAUGAGCUUCGUCUUCGCUACGCCGGAGAGCUUCAAAGACCUUGGGAAGGGCUUGGACAUGUGAUCAAAGUCCCCAACAGUCAAUCGGAUGAGGUUGCACUUGAAUUACGCAGGAACGAUGGUGUGCCACACGAGCUCACUGUCAAUUUCUCAGUCGAUUUUGUGUGGAAGUCGACUUCGUUUGACCGAAUGCAAUUGGCGAUGAAAACGUUUGCUGUUGACGAGCAGAGUGUCAGCGGAUAUAUCUAUCAUAAAUUGAUGGGACAUGAUGCACAAAUCCCACAAGUCCUCAGAACGCAAAUGCCCAAGAGAGUCUCGGCCCCGAAUCUUCCGGAAUUGAAUCACUCCCAGGUCAACGCAGUCAAGAGUGUAUUGCAAAAACCUUUGAGCUUGAUUCAAGGUCCUCCAGGGACCGGUAAGACGGUCACCUCGGCUUCAAUUGUGUAUCAUCUCAGUAAGAUGAACCCAGGUCAAGUUCUUGUGUGUGCGCCCUCGAAUGUUGCUGUGGAUCAGCUCUCCGAGAAAAUUCACAUGACAGGUCUCAAAGUGGUCAGGGUGCAAGCUAAAUCGCGCGAAGCCUUGGAUAGUUCAGUGCAGUACCUGACGCUACAUCUGCAAGUCGCCAACAACGACACUCACCCGGACCUGCAGAAAUUGAUUCAACUCAAGAGCGAGCAGGGUGAAUUGAGCAGCACUGACG